UAAAGUUUCCUCAGAAAGACGCAAAUUUAUUUGUCUGAACACACGCUGACAUCCAGAGAUUCCGUGAUGUUUACAUCCGCUCUGCAGGACUGAAGAGUUUCCGCAGCAGGAUGGUCAGGAAAAGCGGUGCAGUGCGGCGUCCACUGAAGCAUUGCUCUCAAAUCUCAGCCCUGAAGCAACUUUCUCUGCUGGAUCGAGACUCUCCAGAACCUCCUGUAAUUCAGAUCGGUCCCGAUGAGAGUCCCGGCUGCACAGACCGGGUUUACCUGCAUGCCGCGGCCAUCUUUCAGAGCUCACACCUGGAGAAACCCGCCACUCACAGGCUCAUCAGCUAUGGGAAAAGGUCAGAGGUCAGCGUUCCUGACGCCCGGGAUGAGGCGUCUCAGCGGGCGGCCUACCAGCUCGCUUUCAAAACACUCAAAUAUCACCAGCUUUUAGAGGACGUCUUGAUGGACAGCUGCUUCUGCUUCUCACAUCCAAUGCCGGACAGCAGCAUGAGUCUGGUGGUCGUCCUGCUCACAGAUUUACUGGACAGGAAGUUCCUCCCACGUCGGCAAUCAGCCAAUCAGGAGGCAGUGAAGUUGGUCCGUGAGGUGGAGGCGUGCCUCCUGAGGUUUAAGACGAAGCUGGUGGCGUCGCUGGCUCGCUGUCGGAUCAAGCAUGACCUGCUGACGCUGGACAGAAUCCUGCCCGAGAACAUCCGACACCGACAGGAGAGAGAAACACACCUGCUGCUGUACACCUGGAUCAACACGCUGCUCAGCAGUGUGGAGGAGGUCAGUGAAGUGUUACACACAUCAGGCUUCGUCCGUGUUAAAUCUGUCGGGCAGCUGGAGGGACGAACCUUCUGUAAGGACCAGCACUGCCACGACCUGCUGGUGUUUCCCAACAGUGUGAAGAGGGAACUGAGUGACACCAGAUUACUGAGCGACUGCAGACUCGUCAUACAGGAUAAGUCUUGUUGUUUGGGCCCCUGUGCGCUGCACCCUCUGCUGGCUGCAGGUGGAGACGUCCUCAUGGCCGGAUGUUUCUCCGCUCAGACUGUAGCACAUGUUUCUGCAGCUGCUCUGUCUGCAUCUGCACACACACUCACUGAAGGACACACACCAAACACUUACAGUCAGACCGUUUUUGUGUGUUUGGGAGACGCACCGCAAUCGCACAAAGAGGAACUACAGAACUCUCUCUCCAAACUGGGCUGCAAGAAUGUGCAGCUGCUCUCGGCGUCUCUGGAGUCUCUGGAAGUGUGUGAUGUGCGUCUGCUGAAGGUCACUGUGCUGUUUCUGAUGCCGGCCUGUUCACUGUCUGCAGUCAGCAACCCUGUGGAUUACAUCAUGCAGGAGAAGAGAGACCCGCGGCUCCUGCUGGAUCUGUCUCAGGGUUCAGUCUCUCCAGAGAAACUGCAGACGCUCGCGGCUCAACAGAGGAAAGAGCUGCAGCACGCCGUCCACUUUCCUCAGGUGCGUGCGGUCCUGUACUCCACCUGUUCUGUUUACUCAGAGGAGAAUGAGGAGGUGCUGCAGACGGUUCUCUCACAAACACAAGAGGAUCUGCCCACAGCGCCACCCUACAGCUUGAGUUGUCCAGCUCUCCUACAGGACUGCAGCACUGAGGAUGAGGAGUCAGAGGAGAUGAAGAGCAGAUUCUUCACACUGGAGCCUUCAGAUCAUAAUAACGGCUGUUUCUUAGCGCUGCUCACACGACAGCUACAACCUGACGUGAAGGAGACGCCACAGGAAGUGCUCGCUCGCGCCGCAGCCAAAGGCUUACUAGACGGCCUUCAUCCAAACCAGCUAAUCAAGAAACAGCCACGCGGGAGGCGGAGUCACAGAGCACCUGCCAAUCAAAGACGCUCAGUGAAGACACGCCCACAUGUCACGCGGAGCGACCAAUCGCUCGUGGCGGAGUUUUUGAACCGUGAAAUGAAAGCAAGCCAAUCAGAGCCGGCAUUAGGCAAAAGUCGGAUUGCGGCGCACUUCGAUAAACCCACCAGUUCUCAAUGUCCCUCUAAGAGCAAUUUAUCAAGAACAGACUCCGCCCCCAGCUCCGCCCCUUUCUCCAGUUCACACCGUCUGUCUCGUUUGGUCACGGCUGCAGUUUCCACCAAUGAUGAUCACUCUUCUAUUCUGGUGACUCCGCCUCCUGCUGUUCCAAAAGGGCGACAUGAAGUGUUGCGCCCGGCAACCAUCUCAUUUCCUCCAGUUCUAUUUUCAAACAGUGUUUUUCCUCAGAGGUGGAGUCAAGCCCCUCCCUUCCACCCAAGCCCCACCCACUCACACAUGCAGUGGAGAGUCCGGACUCCACCCCUUUUUCAAGCGCCGAGCCUGUUCAGAGGCAGACUGAAGCAGCUGAGGCCGUGGCUCUGAUGCCAGAGAAAUAUUAUUAUUAAUAACCAUCAUUAUUACUGAAGUAAUUAAAACGCCACUGCCGUUACAUGCUAAUAAACACACGGAGAGAGACUUCUGUUUUGAUGUCAUUUAUUUCCACAACAUGUUACAUUUAUAUGGUGUAAAAAUGAGUGUCUUAGUGGUUGAUCUGGGGGUUUUAAAAUACCGUCAUGUGAGAAAUAACAUUCCCGUGUUGAUAUUUGACAUCUGAAGCGUAUAUU